AGACCCAAACCCAUAAUCUCACCAUCCUUUCUUCAGAAUCCCGCAGAAUCUCGCUACUCACGACAAUGGCUUCACUGCCUGCCUAGAUGCCGGUUUUUGCUUUGUCUCACAUUUGGUUGCAUAGACGAUGGACACCAAAGAUAUGUCCAUGUUAUUAAUAUCUGUAUUAUUUUCAUGGAUAUGGUGUUUCCACUUGAUCCAGGGACAGUUCAGUGGCAAUGGUGUGGUGUUUCACCGACCCUUUUGUCAUCAGUUUUUUGCUAACUCUCAAAAAAAGACGCCGUUGGAAGUGUCCGUACUGGAAAAUGCUGCCGUUGGCACCAUCCUCAGAACUUUCGAGAAGCCUACCAUAACCGCCCACAUGAGGGUCACAGGUGGACCCCUCCGUUUUUUCGACUUCGACACUUCCAAACUGGAGCUGAGUGUGAAGCAACCAUUACUAUCACUGCGGGGACAAACGCUCCAGCUGAACACGUCGUGCGUAGAAACCAUGCAGCUGUAUAAGCUAGAGAUCAAAUUCUCCCCUUCUUUUAUGAUUACCGUCAGGGAUGUCAAUGAUCCUCCAGUUUUUGUUAACUUACCAGGAACAGUUACCACCGAAGAGGCUGUGCCUCAUCAGCGGAUAAUUUACAAAGCCGUAGGUGACGAUCCGUAUGAUGUGGACGAUGUGUUCAAACGGAAAUGGUACAGGCUUGUGAAUGUGACAGCGGUGGGGACAGAUGAACACGCCUCGCAGAAGUUCUCCGUGGACAGACAGGGUAACGUGAUCAUAAACGGAGGGGUGGACUAUGACAAAGGUCCCAGACAGUACAACCUGGUGAUAGAAGUCAUUGACGGUGGUUUUCCGCCUCUAAAGAAUCAGAGUGUAUUGACCGUGUUACUGGAGGACAGCGACGACCAGGGCCCCGCCUUCCAGUACGACGACUACACAGCCACCGUCAUCGGGGAGAAACCCAUCAUGGAAGUGGAGUGUCAGGUGACGGUCCCGCCAUUAUUCGCCACGGACCAGGACCCUGUCAAGAAGUCGCCAAUCAAUUACACGAUCAUUUCAGGGGACCCUGGAGACUACAGGUAUUGGUCUACCUUCUUCUACGUGGAUAGCGACACAGGUCGGCUGUGUCAGAGCGAGUCCGUACCCAGAUCUACGUCCAGAGCAAGUCGCAGAUUGGAGAGAAAAGGCUUCCACAACUUCACAUUCACAGUCCAGGCGUACCAGACAGAUGACCCACGGAAGGCGGCCACCACGCGACUAUUUGUCCACGUACAGGAUCGGAACAUUCACUCGCCGCAGUUCCGACGACUGCUGUAUCGGACCUCCCUGCUCGAAUAUCCCGCCACCCGUCGCGGGGCUAUCCUACUCACCGUUGAGGCCACGGACGAUGACUAUGGUAUGAACAAACUACUGAAAUACGAGCUUGUUGACAAUCCUCGUCAUGCGUUCUCAAUAGAUGCUCACUCUGGUCUGGUGAGAGUAAUGAGGCCCCGGUACAUUGACAGAGAGGCCAACAGCACCAUGGAGAUAUCGGUGCGGGCUGUAGAAUCUCACACAGUGGACAGAUUUGAGAGCAAACAGUUGGCGAAGAUAGAAGUGUCUAUAUUGGAUGUCAACGACAACCCACCGAGGUUUACUCAGGAAAAGUACGAGUACAUUGUCAAGGACAAUCACCCUGUCGGAAUGGCAAUAAACAAUGCCAGCAAUAAAGUAGAGGCCACCGACAUUGACUUUAAGGAAAAUGGCACGGUGACCUACACUAUAGGUCAAGUGACCAACAGUUUUGGCAGAUUCUCCAUUAAGGAUUUAAACCGGUUUGUUGUGGAUGCCAAAGGAAAUAUCCGCAUUGGGCGAAGUUUGCGGGAUUUGAGACGAAACCGAGAGUUUCCUUAUUACACCUUGAGAAUAAACGCCGAAGACCAGGCCACGUCUAAAUCUGAGAGAUUGAGUUCUUCAACCACUGUGAUCAUCCGUAUUGUUGAGGCGAACGAUUUCCCGCCGAACUUUGUCAAAGUUCCCACUUCUGUCGUCAUUGGCGAGUCGGCAGAGCCAGGCACUCUGAUCGCCGAUAUGAAGGCCUUGGAUAAAGACGGAGACGAGGACAUGUAUUUAAAGUAUCAGAUAGCAGAAGGAAACGUGGGCAGCGCGUUCUCUAUCUCUAACAGGGGUUACCUGGUAACAGCCCGACCCCUGGAUCGAGAACAGACGGCCGAUUACACCUUGGUGGUGCAAGUCACGGAUCGUGUCCAUACGGUGAAUGCCACAGUGAGAGUUCACCUGAAGGAUGAGAAUGAUCAUGCACCGGCUUUCCAAAAGUCCCGGUAUGAUCUGUCAAUACCGGAAAACGUUAUGACGCGUCUCCGGAUUGGUGACAUCACGGCUGAUGACCCGGAUGACGGCGCCAACGGGAGGGUGACGUACAAGAUCGUCGGUGGCGACAUGCCACACCUGUUUUCUAUAUCCUGGAAUGGUACGCUAUACUUGGUGAGAAAAGACCAUGUUGUUGAUCGUGAAGUCAGAGACAAAUUCAUCCUGACCGUGGAGGCUUCAGACGGGGGCACGCCACCUAAAACCAAUAUAACAGAAGUGAACGUACACUUGCUUGAUGUGAAUGACAAUGCUCCCGAGUUCGUCCGAUCAACUUACCGGGCCAGUGUGGUUGAAGGUCCUAAUUCUAGACGUCUGAAAAUGCUAGGUGUAAUCCGAGCCCGAGACAACGACAAAACCGUUGAGAAUCGUAACAUUCGGUUUAGCCUCAGCGGUUUGGGAAAUGAAGUGUUUGAGAUCAAUGAGCUUAACGGUCGCCUUCGGGUGAAAUCGCCGGAGAAAAUCGACUGUGAAUCUCAGUGUAGAUACUUCCUAAAGGUGAUAGCACGUGACCGUCUUGGUAAAGGACUUCAAUCUUCCUCUGACCUCAUCAUCUCGGUAGAGGAUAUUAACGACAAUAGACCCGAGUUCCUGAAGAACUACACCUUCAGGGUGGGUCCUCUGACUAAGAAAGGGACCCUGGUAGGGAAAAUUGAGGCAAAGGACAGAGAUGUUAGUCCACAGAACCAUCGGGUGAUCUAUCUUCUUCGUGGAGGCGGGGUCGGCAAGUUCCAUGUGGACUUCAUCUCAGGCGACCUUGUGGUCUCUGACGAACUCCUCCGCGAUCCGAUCCAGGAAAUAUACACUCUGUCUGUCGAGGCUCACGACACCGGGCAGCCCCGUCAAAUGGCCACCACGAACGUUACAGUCUUUGUUCCCAUCAGCAAGCCUCCCGUCAUAGACGUGGAGUUCGAAUUUUCCGUCUUUGAAAACUUGACGGUAGGAGCAGUAGCCGGGACUCUGAUGGCGUCUGACCCGGACAUCGCUAAAGGCAGCGGAGAGAAGCUGGAAUAUUUUAUACGAAAUCAGAAAGUACCUUUUAUUGUGGACAAGAUAACUGGAGACAUCCGAACAUACCAGGCUUUAGACAGAGAAGAUUUGGCGCAGUAUGUAUUUCAGGCAUAUGUUAAGGACAACGGUCUACCAGCUCACACUGCAACAACAACGGUAACCGUGAACCUGUUGGAUGUGAACGACAACGCACCAGAGUUUGGCAGUUCAAGGGGUUACCAUGGUAGCAUCACCGAGGAUGACGAAUAUCCCAAAUACCAGGAAGUAGAAAUGAUACCCCCUGUCUCCGCGGAAGAUGCUGAUGUUGAUGAGAUCCACCGUAAUAUUCGGUACAGUUUGAGUGGAGAUGGACACGAAAUGUUUGAAAUCAACCCUCACACUGGCGAAAUUCGUGUUAAGACAAAGGGCAGCAUUGACUGUGAAACUAAAUGCUUUUACGAGCUUAAGGUCAUGGCCACAGACAUGAAUGGGACAGGCCUUACAAGCGAAUCUGCCUUGAACAUCUCUGUCCAUGAUGUCAACGACAACAAACCGGAGUUCCAGGGAGGAAGACAGUUCAACGCUGGCCGUCUGGCGCCCAUGGGUACAGUCGUUGGUGACUUGAAUACUGUGGACAGAGACAUCGCCCACAAAAACAAUCGUAUCCUCCAUUUCUUAAGAGCUGGAGGCCUUGGGAAGUUUUCAGUUGACGUAGAAACAGGUAAAAUCACAGUAGCUGAUUACCUGACCCGGGAACCCAUGAAGGAGGUGUACACCCUGGAGGUAGAAGCCCACGAUACCGGAGAACCCAAACUGUCCAGCACUGCUACAGUAAAGAUAACCGUCACCCUCAAUACGGAACCGAUCACGGCACCCUCUGUGUCCCUGGAGGUUCUGGAACAUGUCAUGGUCAACUCGCCCAUUGGCCACAUUAAAGCCAACGAUCCAGACAACGAAGAUGGCGUAAUUCAGAAACUAGAAUACUAUAUCCAAGACGACUCUGCACUCAAAUGCGAGAACACACCGGGUAGACGAGGUGAUGUGGGGAAUGAGCCGUGUGAACCAGUGCCUUUCACCAUCGAGGCAGAAAGUGGCAGGUUGAAGACAUCUUCGUCCAUUGAUCGAGAAACCACAGAUGGCUACGAGUUCAUUGUCCUCAUCAGAGAUGAUGGUGUUCCACCGUUCACUGCGUCCACAACCGUAACUGUAACCGUCAUUGACAUUAACGACAAUCCGCCGCUUUUUGAUAGUGAAUACGGUUAUACCGGAACUGUCUCUGAAGAUGACACAAAUCCAAAAGAAAGGCAAAAAGUAUUGGUGAUGCCCCAGAUUGUGACGUCAGAUGCCGAUGCCACUGAGGAGAACCGGAUGGUGCGGUACAGUCUGCAUGGGAACGGCUCGGAGAUGUUCACAAUAGACCACUGGAACGGUACCAUACAGGUCUCAGAACCUGGAUCCAUUGACUGUGAGAUGGAAUGUCUGUACAACCUUACGGUUUCUGCCAUCGACAAGAACGGUAAGGGUUUCCGCACCGACAAACCAAUGAUCAUCAGUGUUGUAGAUGAGAAUGACAACGCACCGGUAUUUGAACAGAACCAGUAUUUCAACACUCACCGACUUACUCCUGGUGGCACCAUCAUUGGGCAGAUCAGGGCCACGGAUUCGGACAAGACUUCACCUAACAACCGCAUAAACUUCCAUUUGAGGAAAGGCGGUUACGGAAAAUUCUCUGUAGAUUUGGCCUCAGGUAACAUAACAGUCUCUGAUUCGCUGCUCCGUGAGCCAAUGAGAGAAGAGUAUAAGUUGUUUGUUGAAGCCCACGAUUCCGGAAAUCCCAGUCUGUCGGCUGCGAUACAGGUGACUGUAGCCGUACCACUUAACCACAAACCCUACUUACCUCCCCUGACACAGUUCAACGUCAUCGAGAACAUCGUCAUUGGCACUGACGUAGGCCAGAUAAUAGCUAAGGAUGAAGACAUUGCCCAAAACAAGUCUCAACAAUUGACGUAUUUCAUUGGAAAAACUACUGCCUUUGUGAUGGACGAAGAGACUGGCGUGAUAAGAACGAAUGUUGACAUUGACAGAGAAAAAGAGGAUCAGUUUGUGUUGGAGGUGUUUGUCAAAGAUAGCGGUAUCCCAUCAUUUACCUCUACCGGAACUGUCGUCAUCAACGUGGUAGACCAAAAUGACAAUGUUCCCGAGUUCAGCCAGCCUGGUGGGUAUGAGGGUCACGUAACAGAAGACUACUCGGAUCCUGCUGACAAACAGAAAGUCAAACUGAAUGCCCCAAUCGUUGCAACCGACGUUGAUGCAACUGAAGAAAACAGAAAACUUCAUUAUAGACUUGAUGGAGAUGGGAGCGAGGAAUUUGAAAUUAAUGAGACCACAGCUGAGAUUAAUGUUAAAAAUAAAGGAAGCAUCGAUUGUGAAAGAAAGUGUCUUUAUAACUUGAUGGUUGUGGCUUAUGACGAAGGGGACAACUCAAGCAGCUCUGCCGUGAAUCUCACAAUAACGGUGGAAGAUGUCAACGACAACACACCUGAGUUCAUGGAGGGACUGGAGUUUCAGACAGGACGCUUAACAACCCCUGGGGAAACCGUGGGAGAACUUCACGCUACGGACGCGGACUUCAGCGAGCGCAACAACAAAAUAAUAUUCUUGCUCAGAGAAGGUGGCUAUGGAAAAUUUGCUGUAAACGUAGAAACGGGCGAGAUCCUGGUAAGUGAUGAUUUGACCCGACCUCCAAUGAAGGAGGUGUACGAACUAGUGGUUGAGGCCUUUGACAACGGUAAUCCUCAGUUGUCCUCAGUGGCGGAGAUCCGCAUCCACGUCACGCUGAACACACCCCCGUCAGUACCCCCGGGCAUACAGGUCCUAUUACAAGAGAACAUCCCCAUUGGCACCUUCGUCACCCAGGUCAAGGCCAUCGAUCCGGACAUCGGCAAAAAUCCCGACGAUUAUCUAGACUUCUACAUGAAUGAUACAACAGGACACGUACAAGUUCUGGCGUACGUCCGAGAUCAUGGGGUGCCCGCCUACACAGUGUCCUCCAGUGUCACGGUGAAGGUGAAGGACAUCAAUGAUAACGCCCCUGUGUUCGGCUCAGCGAUUGGGUAUAACGGCACAAGAAGCCUGUGUUUUACGACAGGCCGCGGGGCCGCACUGGGGACGUCAUUGGGUUACCUCUUGGCGAAAGACGACGAUUUUUCAAAGAGGAACAAUAAAAUUCUGUUCUACCUGAAAGAGGGCGGAUUCCAAAAAUUUGCCGUCGACUUUUACACAGGUGAAGUGAUCACCACUUCCAAUCUCACCAGAUCGCCCAUGCGCGAAGAAUACAAACUGUUAGUGGAGCUCUACGAUACUGGAGAGCCACAGUUGUCUUCUACCACGGAGGUGUUCAUUAAAGUGCCCAGAAACAGUCCCCCCACUGUUGACAGCGAACUCAACAUCGGUGUGACUGAAAAUGGACCCGCCGGUGAAGUGAUAGGACGUGUCAUGGCACAAGAUGCGGAUGUUGGCAAAGUGCCAGGCGAAACACUUCAGUAUAUACUAGAUCCGAAAUCAGCUUUGCCUCCUUUCAAUGUGAAUUCAUCUUCCGGUGAGAUCGUCUCUAUCAUCUCGCACGACAGAGAGCUGGUAGACAGCUACGUCUUCGUGGUUCUCGUCUCUGAUAACGGCCUGCCAUCUUACACUGCAACAACAACGGUGCACGUGGCAGUGCAGGAUCAAAAUGACCACGUGCCUGUGUUCGGAUCGGAAAAUGGUUACCAAGGAAGCGUGAUCGAGGACAAUAGUGAGCCAAUUCUGAACCAGCGUCUGAUUGUGAUUCCCGAGAUACAUGUGUCUGACAAAGACAGAACAGAAGAAAAUCAAAACGUUCGAUUUAGCCUAUUGGGUGAGGGGAGUGAACUCUUUGUUAUGGAUCCAGAGAGUGGUCAGAUACAAGUGAAGGAGCCAGGCACCAUCGACUGCGAGACUUGGUCUGACUUUGACCUCAAGAUUGUAGCUACCGACAGAUCCGGGAAUGGUCACAAUGCUACGUCCAGCCUUAAAGUGACAGUCGAAGACCUCAAUGACAAUGCCCCGAAGCUUGAGCCUAAGUACCGUUUUGCGGUGGGUCGCUUGACGCCUGUGGGUACAGCUGUGGGACUGGUCACGGCCGAGGACAAUGACGUAUCAACCAAGAAUAACCGGGUGCACUACAGCAUCACGGGAGGUAGCGGCUCAGGAAGGUUCUCCGUGGAUCUCAACUCGGGUAACAUCAGGGUCACCACUGCAUUGACCACGCAGCCAAUGAGAGACCAGUACACUCUGAACCUGGAGGCAUAUGACACAGGAAACCCUCCCCUGGCGGCGGUGACCAAGGUACUGGUGGAUGUACCCCUUAACACACCACCCAAGGUCCCUCCCUACUUCUACUUGACCAUUUAUGAGAAUCAAGACCCCGGAACAUUUGUGGGCAAUGUCUCUGCGUAUGAUCCUGACGUUAAGGAAUCCAGCAAAGAAAGACUUCACUACACAUUCAAUGCAUCUGCUGUCCCCUUUGCCCUCAACAAAACCAGCGGCCUGAUCAAGACUGCCCGGAUAUUAGACCGGGAGGUAGAAAACCAGUUCAUCUUCCCUGUUAUGAUUGCUGAUAACGGGGCACCUCCCUUUACUGUUACGACAACGGUUACCGUAAACGUCUGGGACCAGAACGACAACUAUCCCGUGUUCAACUCCGAGAGAGGCUAUACUGCAAGGCUUACCGAAAAUGAUAACAGCGAAAGCUAUGAAAACUCCGUCUCCGUGAACCCUCCGAUACUGGCCACCGAUCUGGACAAGCUCUCACUGAACAAGAACAUUCUGUACAGACUGUCGGGUCCUGGCAGCAAUCUCUUCACGAUGAAUCCGGUCACAGCGUCUGUACAGCUCAGUGGGGAGGGACCAAUCAACUGUGAGGAUCAGUGCUUGUUCAAUCUUCAGGUAACCGCCACUGAUAGGAAUGGCACCGGUCUACAGACCACAACAAACCUGACAAUCUACGUAGAGGAUGUGAAUGACAACGCGCCAAAGUUCGUACAGGAGUAUGAAUUCAGGCUACAGAGGUACCUCCCCGUCGGAACUACUAUCGGCUCCGUCAAGGCACUCGACCAGGAUGUGACCACCAAGAACAACCGGGUUCUCUAUAACAUUAAACAGGGAUCUCACGGAGACUUCGAGAUUGAUUUGAUGACAGGUGAAGUCCGUGUAGCCAACUCUCUUUUACGGGAGCCUCACAUUGAAAACUACCUUCUGGAGCUGGAAGCUGUCGACACGGGUAACCCGCAACUCUCUGCUAAAACCAAAGUGAAGAUCAACGUCCCGAAAAACCAUGCCCCAUUGUUGCAGUCCUUCUUUGAGUUCUCUGUAGACGAGAACCUACCUACCGAUACUGAAGUCGGUCAAGUGGUGGCUGAUGACUAUGAUGUAGAUGUGUCCGAUGCUCAGAACCUUCAUUACUGGAUCAAGGAAUCGGUUCCGUUCACGGUGGACAGUAAGUCUGGCAUCAUUCAGACCCAGGAGGAGCUGGACAGAGAGAGUAAGGAGCAGUAUAUAUUCCGGAUGUACGUAAAAGAUGACGGUGUCCCACCAUUCACGGCCUCUACCACGGUUAGGAUCGUUGUUAACGACCUCAAUGAUAACGCUCCUGAGUUCGGAUCCCUGAGAGGCUACAAAGCAAGGAUAACUGAGGACGAUACCUUAUCUGUGGGCGUCCAGGAAGUUGACCUGUUACCAGCCUUGGUUGUCAAAGAUGCAGAUAAAACAAAAGCUAACAGAAACAUAAGAUACAGUUUGAAGGGAAAAGGGUGGGAAAAUUUCAACAUCAGCCCAUUGACAGGACAAAUUCACGCCAAAUACAGGCAGAUAGAUUGUGAAACUCGGUGCAGGUAUAUACUUGAUCUUGUUGCAACAGACAAAGGAGGUAACGGGACAAGUUCCAUGACUAAGAUAUUAGUUGAGGUGGAGGACGUGAAUGACAAUCCACCCAUGGUGCCUGGGGUAUACGCGUUCACCACACCACGCCUGUCCCCCGUGGGGCUGGAAGUGGGUAGGAUUCAGGCCAUCGACAGGGACUGGACCAAGAAAAACAGCCGCCUCUUGUAUUACCUGAAGGAUGGAGGGCAAGGAAAGUUUGCCGUCAACAUCAGCUCAGGCUCAGUGUACGUCAACACGCCUCUCGUGACGAGCCCCAUGUUAGAACAGUAUGUGUUACAUGUAGAGGUGUACGACACGGGGGAGCCUCAACUCUGGGGGCUGACCGAGGUCAUCAUCAACGUACCCCUUAACAAGCCCCCGACCAUCCCGCCACAGUAUAACUUCACUACACCAGAGAACCGGGAGCUAGGGGACAUAAUCGGGGAAGUCAAGGCAGAAGACCCAGAUCUGAUCUUUAAUCCGUCUGAAGUCCUCAGCUAUUACGUUAAUGACUCUAGACUCCCCUUCACCCCGGACCUUCACACAGGCGUUCUGAGGACUACCGGCUCUAUAGAUCUAGAGGAGGACGACCACUUCAGAUUCGUGCUGUACGUGUCUGACAAUGGCAUCCCUCCCUUCACCGCCACGACCACCGUGCGAGUCCAAGUACUAGAUGAGAACGACCACUAUCCCUUGUUCAACUCUAUUGGCGGCUACACGGCCACUCUGGAUGAGGAUGACCAACAACCGAGGACCAACAGGAGGAUUGCUGUAACACCUCGUAUCAUGGUCAGCGAUGGUGACGAAACUCCCGAGAACGGAGAUGUUCGCUUCUGGUUGACAGGGCAAGGGGUACAACUCUUUGAGAUAGAUCCUGUCACAGCCGAGCUGUUUGUCACGGAGCCUGGAAACAUCGACUGUGAGACACAGUGCAGGUUUGAUUUCAAGAUAGUUGCAGGUGACCAGCAGGGUAUGGGGUUAGAAAGUACAGAGAAUCUGGUGAUACAUGUGGAAGAUGUCAACGACAACAGGCCAGAGUUUCCCCACAAUUACUCUUUCUCUGUGCCUAGGGAUUCAGCCAUCGGCUCUCCAGUGGGUACCGUCAAGGCCGUCGACAAGGACGUCACCUCUAGAAACAGUCGUAUUCUGUACAGCAUCAAGAGCAGUUCACGUGGAGACUUCGUAGUGAAUAUCCAAACAGGUGAAAUUGUGGUUGCCAAUUCCUUGUUUCUUGAUCCACAAAAGGAAGAUUAUACUCUAGUGCUGGAGGGUACAGACACUGGGGACCCCCCUCUGUCAGCUGAGGCUAUUGUCAAGAUCUAUGUGCCCAUGAACCAUCCGCCAAUUGUUGAUGAGGAGAUCUCAUUCGCCGUGCCGGAAAAAAUCCCUAUUGGAGCCAUGAUCGGAGAGAUUGUUGUCAACGACAUUGAUAUAGGAUCAGAUGAGAAUCAAUAUUUGAUAUACAACAUUGAAAAUGACAAAGUGCCGUUUCUUAUCAACUCUACGACUGGUGUUAUAACUACAACCGGGGAACUUGACAGUGAACAGGCGGAUAAACAUAUCUUUGAAGUAUUCAUCAGAGACAAUGGCGACCCCGAACAAACCGUGUCUUCCCUCAUCACCAUAUUCGUCACAGAUGUCAACGACAACGCUCCCGUGUUUGGAUCCAAGAAAGGUUACAGGGGAUUGGUCACAGAAGACAACUGGAUUCCCUUUGUGAACCAAGAAGUCACUGUGAUUCCGCCAAUAUCUGCGGAGGAUUUGGAUUCGUCGGCGGACAAUAAUGCCAUCCGCUUCCGCCUAGAAGGACCCGGUAAAGACACAUUCCAUAUUGACCCGCGCUCUGGUGAGCUCACCAUCCAGAAGCCUGGGACAAUUGACUGUGAGAAAAUGUGUCUGUAUCAGCUACAGGUCAUAGCGGAAGACGGAGAAGGUCUAACUUCCCAGGCUAAUCUGUCGAUCUCGGUAGAGGACGUGAAUGACCACGCUCCGGAAUUCGGCCGUGUGGAAGACUUCUAUGUGGCGUCGACGACGAGCGUUGGGGCAGUGGUGGGGCAGUUCCAAGCACAGGACUUGGAUCAGAGCACCAGAAAUAACAGGGUCAUGUACCACCUAAAGGGCGGGGGGCAUGGCAAAUUCUCUGUCGACGUGGACUCGGGUGAUAUAGUGGUUGCGGAUUCAUUGAUACGUGAACCCCUAAUGGAGAACUACGUGCUACACAUCGAGGCCUAUGACACCGGAGAACCCCGACUGAGUGCUGAGGCUGAGGUCAUGGUGUCUGUGGCGAUGAACCACGCCCCCAGCAUGGACAUCUUCUAUGAGUACGAGAUCCGGGAGACGGUCAGCAUUGGUACUGUGGUGGGAACGAUCACAGUCAUAGACCCCGAUCAGAACCAGACGCUCGAGUACUUCAUGGAUGAUGCUUCCGUUCCUUUCAGAAUAACUCCAGAUAAGGGUGUGAUUAAGACCACAGAGCGUCUGGAUAGGGAGACGCACGAGGAACACGUGUUCAUGGUGUACGCCAAAGACGACGGGACCCCUCCGUACACGGCCUCCAGCAUUGUCACCAUAUUCCUGGAGGACGUUAAUGACAACGCACCCAUCUUCACUAAUGGCCAUAGUUACCAUGGUUACGUCAUAGAAGACGACUUCAAUCCCAAGAUCGGACAGAAAAUCCAACUGGAUAAAAACGUAUCAGUGGCUGACAUGGAUGCAUCAGAAGAAAAUCGAGGCGUGGUCUUGUCUUUGGAAGGGGAAGGGUCUGAACUGUUUGUAAUUGACAGGUACACCGGGAGGUUGUCAACUGCAAAACCGGGGACAAUAGAUCGCGAAAGGGCAGCCAUAUACAAUCUCCAGAUAGCCGCCACUGACCAGAAUGGGGAAGGCCUUUCCCGAAGAUCUCAUCUAGUAAUAAGCGUUGUAGAUGAAAACGAUCACCCGCCAGUUUUUGAAAAACCGAAGUUCCUGUUCACACUGAAUCACUUGGCCAAAGCUGGUUAUGAAGUCGGUCACGUUAAAGCCUACGACCCAGAUGCCACCAAACCAAAUAACGAGCUGUUAUAUGUUCUGCAAGAUGACCCGUUUGGGAAGUUCAAACUGGAUGUCAGAACUGGAAAACUUUACCUGCUGGAGAGUUUCUUCGCUAAGCCCCGGAGGGACGAGUACGUUAUACAGGUAUCUGUGAUCGACAUGGGAUUCCCCGCGAAAACAGCAUACACGGAAGUGGUUGUCAAGUCAACGGGCAUGCUCUUCAACGACUUCCCGCCGGAGUUUCUGGGUCGGACAAUGUUUUACCUACAAGAAGAGACCCCGGUGGGAACUUUGGUGGGAAAAUUGAAUAUCAUUGACAAAGACAAGAACAAUGGAGGAGGAAUGAAUAUUAGUAUUGAAGGAGAAGAUGCCAGACUAGUGCCAUUCAGCGUUGACAACGACGGAAACAUCCGAACCACAGCUCGGAUAGAUCGAGACGCUGGAUAUUUCUAUUUCCUGUUUAAUGUGCGGGCCACGGACACAGGAAGCCCUCCAUUAAACACCUCCCAAGAGAUAGGCGUCAUCAUGGAGGAUAUUAAUGACAAUCCUCCUGAAUUCACUCUCAGGAAGUACCGCCACAUGGUAUACGACCUGUUCCCCCCACAUACGGUAGUGGCCACGCCCUUUGCACACGACUCCAGGGACACCACGACGUCAAUAUACCAUUACGAAAUGACUGGAGGGAGGCCAGGGUAUUUCUUCAUAGACAGAGAAACUGGGGAAGUGAAAACGACGCGGAAUAUCGAAAGGUUAGGCAAAGAAACGAUAACUUAUACAGUCAAGGCUACAGACCUGUAUAACAGAGCUUUAACCGCAACAGCAACGCUAGAGAUUCAAAUACUGGACUCAUUUUCCAACGCAACUUGCUGUUGUGUUGUACCAUGUUAGUCGAAAAAAAACAAUUUAUGUCUUUUAACAGGGCUGAAGAAAUAUGAUUUCAGAGCAAAUAUUUUUUUAACUGAGGUUUAGUCAUACUCAGCGCAUGUGCCGCUUUUCACGUUCGCUUUACCUCACUGUCACCACUGUGGACAAGCUUGACUGUUGGAGCCUUUGUGACGUAGGCUUAUUUAGGCCCAGCGUCACUACCGAUGUUAUACGAAGUUAUAACCAGUAAUAAAAUUAUUCAUAAAAAGUCUGUUAGGAUGAUAUGUUGUGUAUUAAGUAUUAAUAGAAAUAAAUGAUGAUACAAGAGCUUUUUGUCUUUUCUGAUAUCACUUCCUGCCUCAUCACCCAGCGCUGUUCACGAUUUCUGUAUAGAAUUGGCAAUUGGUGACAGUGGUGUAUAGGGAAAGUAGAGAGCGGCGUAUGCGCUGUAAGAAGUAUGCGGUUUAGAAUGUAAGCUCGGUGUAUAUGGUGUUAUGAGGGUAAUAAAAAUCCACAACUAACUGAUAUAGUUCUAAUAUUGUGUAUUAUAUAUCAAAUUGUCUGGAAACUUUUUUGCAUUCCCUGUGUCAUUAUUUGAAUCAUCAUGAGAAAAUAAACUAAUUUUGAUUUCUGACAAGGUGUAAAACACCAAAUUUUUAUGCCGCAUUACUUACCAUGAUUGUGAAUAGAUAUAGGCCUACAGCAAGUACGUUACAUACAAACAGAUAUCUGGAGGACAUUUAAAGUUUUUUAUGUGCGCUGUAGACAAUUAAAGUUAUGGGAAAAACCAAACUAGAUAAAUGAUGAC